GGCAUUAAUCGGGUCGCACGCUGGUCCUUCUUCCUUUUUUACGUCCGUGAGCGAGGCCGGCGUCAAGAUGAAUGACACAGUAACAAUUAGGACCCGCAAGUUCAUGACGAACCGGCUCCUCCAGAGGAAGCAAAUGGUUGUCGAUGUUCUCCAUCCUGGCAAGGCAACGGUCCCCAAAACUGAAAUCAGGGAGAAACUUGCCAAAAUGUACAAAACCACCCCUGACGUUGUGUUCGUCUUUGGCUUCAGGACUCAGUUCGGUGGUGGCAAGACAACAGGUUUUGCCAUGGUUUAUGAUUCCUUAGAUUAUGCUAAGAAGAAUGAGCCAAAGCACAGACUUGCAAGGCAUGGACUUUAUGAGAAAAAGAAGACCUCAAGGAAACAGCGCAAAGAACGCAAGAACAGAAUGAAGAAAGUGCGAGGCAUCAAGAAGGCCAGUGUUGGCGCUGCUGGCAAAAAGAAGAAAUGAAGUGUCAUUUACAGUGAGCCUGGACAACCAGACGGAUCUUCGUACUCAAGAUGUUCUUGUAUAUUGUCAUCAAAUAAAAUUUGGAGGAAAAGAGAA